UGGUAACUGAAGUUGGAGAGGGGUAAAUCAUGAACAAUAUCGACCCAGUAAAUGGAGAAUUUUCGUUUCCCGGAAGAAAAGGCCUAAAACAGUUGGUCCUCCAAUGCACCAGAGGGCCAAGCAGAGAGACGCGAAACUGCAAACGUGUGCUGUGGUUUGGACUUCCACAGGCCUUCUGGACGAAGAUACAAGGCGGUCUCAUCCCCACAACCCUCAGCAACGCGGACUGCAGAUCCCAUGAUGCUAUGCGGCUAUCCUGGAUUCGGUCUGGGAAGCUUGCUGUGGGACUAACUCGCCCCCAGUAAAUGGGCGCCAGAAGGUUCUUCAAGACCCCGGUUUCUAGGGGCGGUAAAGGCGGAAAGAGAUGGGGAAGGGGCAAUGGGAUAGGGGGAUAAGCUCUGAGUCGUGUGAAAUGUGGCUCUGUGAAGAGGCCUAGCCUUGUAAAAACAAAACCUCGCAAGUAGGUAGUGUAAUGACAGAACGGAAACUACAUUUCCCAGCAUCCUUAUGGUGAGAGAACUUCAUUGUCCGAAAGCCUCUGCGAGAAUCAACACGCCUUCCGCUUCCCUUUGCUGACCCGGAGCUCCGAGACUAUGAGGAGCCGCUGGAUUUGGUGGUUCCUGCGCCAUGACGGCAGCGGAAUCCGCUGGACUUCAACUCCCCAUGGGCGUCUGUCACCCGCCCUGCGGAGAGGUUUUUUGACCACCACAACUAAGUCGGGUUAUGAUAGAAGGCCAGUGGACAUAACUCCUUUAGAACAAAGAAAAUUAACUUUUGAUACUCAUGCGUUGGUGCAGGACUUGGAAACUCACGGAUUUGACAAAACACAAGCACAGACAAUUGUAUCAGUACUAAGUACAUUAUCAAAUGUCAGCCUGGAUACUAUCUACAAGGAAAUGGUGACUAAAGCUCAACAGGAAAUAACAGUCCAACAGCUAAUGGCUCAUUUGGAUUCCAUCAGAAAAGACAUGGUCAUCCUAGAGAAAAGUGAAUUUGCAAAUCUGAGAGCAGAGAAUGAGAAAAUGAAAAUUGAACUGGAUCAAGUUAAGCAGCAGCUGACUAAUGAAAUCAGUCGGAUCAGAGCAGACAAUAAGCUGGACAUCAACCUGGAAAGGAGCAGAGUGACAGACAUGUUCACAGAUCAAGAAAAGCAACUUAUGGAAGCAACCAAUGAAUUUGCCAAAAAGGAUACACAAACCAAAAGUAUUAUUUCAGAGACCAGUAAUAAAAUUGACACUGAAAUCGCUUCCUUAAAAACACUGAUGGAGUCAAGCAAACUUGAGACAAUUCGUUAUCUUGCAGCUUCGGUGUUCACUUGCUUGGCGAUAGCAUUGGGGUUUUAUAGGUUCUGGAAGGAGAACUGACAGUCCUGCUGCCGCCGCUAAUCACUCCAUAGAAUGUACGCACUACAAACUCUUCAGAGUACUUGUGGACUAAAUGAAGGGUUUUGGUAUUUUAUGUUUAUGUUGUAUGCUUUUAUGUUGAGCUGUCACUCAAGCCUGGCUUGAGAUGAAGUGCACUUUGUCCUUAUCCUCUGAUAACUAUAGCAAGAAAAACAGUUUUGCAUUUGAGCUUUGUAAGAGAAGUAGGAUUUGUUAUCAGAUUACAUUCUUGAAAACAGUUCUGUAGUCUAUACACUUACUGGAUUUUACUCUCUUGGUUAUUAUUGCAAUUAGAUUUUUAUAUAAAAUAACAAAGUUGGUUGAUUUUUUUCAAAGUGACUUUCUAUGUAAUAGAGAUUUUUUUGUAGUGAAUAAUAAAUUUUAAAAUAAUGUGUA